CCUCCGCGGGUUUCACCGGUUGUGAAUCUGGCACAACCCAGUUCUGUUUGAGAAGAGAUACAUCUUUCUUGUAUAUUCCAUUUCGACUAAGCCAGGCCAGCACCAUCCUGGGACCUGCCUCUCCUCCCCAGCAGCCCAUCCUGACGUCCUUGAGGCAUUUGAGACUACUGCCGCUCAACACCAGACAAAAUGACACUCUCAAUGCGACAUUCGCAGAAUUGCAAUCUCUUGCUCUCAACAUAUGGACUAGGAGUCUUCUUCUUUUACCUCAGCUUCGCCGCACAGCUCCAUAACGGGAUUCAGGGGGCCCCUGAGGCCCAAGCAAAAGCUGCCCGGUAUUCCAGCUUGGGUGGUGAUAUAGACGCCUCCACCAUGCCAGCUUGUGGCCAAGAUUACUGCCGGAACUUCUCUUACACUUGGCCGGACGCGGAUUUGUGUACGAUCUGGAAAUCCAAUGCCACCGCCACUCUUGGCAACAACUGUGAUCCCAAGAUGGACGACGACUGCGUCGCAGGCGGGUUUGACAGAGACUGCUACUGCAACCUUGAAACCGGCCUGUGGUGCGGAUGGGCUUGUGCAUGGAGACGAUGGUGGGCUUUUGAAGACUGGUUUGCCGGAGUGUGUCCCGAGAUGUCCAAGCCAGUCGACUUUUCCAGUCUGCCAGAGUGCGCACGUAAUUGCCUUGACGACGAGACAUUCGCUUCCGGCUGUUACACACAAACCAGCAAUUGCAUCUGUUCAUAUGGCAGCCUGUUUGACUGCCACACCAAGUGCCCUACGGAUGAGCAGAACCAAAUCAAGAACUGGUUGGUUGAUACUUGCAACAUCACAAUCGGAACGGCACAACAAGCGUUGGACAAUGGAACGUGGAAUAUGAAGGACAACUACUGGGAACUUUACUAUGCAACCUCAAGUUCAAGUUCUCCAAGAUCAACACCAACCCUUACUGAUACGAGGUUAAACGAUCCAGCUCCUCCCCUCUCGGCCCAGAGGAGACCUCUGAGGUGGGAUGAGAUCUUUAUUUUGCUUGCUGCUAGCUUGAUUGCGGUUGUUGCCUUUGCUUGCUGGAUCGUGAGUUGCGUCCGGGGAAGGCCCUACGAGAAGUCAGGUUAGCUGUGUUUAUUUCUUCUAUUAAUCCCCGGACAGCGUCAGGUUGCUGGGUGGGCUAGCUCUUCGCGAUGAAUGCUUCGCAGAGUCUUAGAGCACACUGGACUGGACGCAAAUACUACUAGUAGUACCUACAUGUACCUCGAUACUUUCUACUAGCAACGCAUCGUACCAAACUUAG